AUGCACCAGUUCCAUGCUCAUGCUCAGUUCGUUGGACUGUUGCUUAUCGCUGCAAAAAAGGAUUUUGUCGAUCUUGAGAGCUGCGGUUUCCCGUCCUCUCUCGACAUCACAUAUUCGGGAGAAGUUACAUAUUGUCUUUGGGACAAUUGUCAUCAUGAUUUUUCGGAUCCUCUGGACUUGUUUACUCACGUCAUGAUGCAUGUCGACUUCCUCGGUAGCGACGACAAAGUUAAGGACGACAACUUUCGAUCAGCAGCACAAUUCAAAUGUUCUUGGGAAAAUUGCUUCCGACACUUUGAGUCUAAAGGAGAUUUGAGGCUCGUUCUGCAAAGGAAAAAAGGAUACUGA